UAUUUCGUUUCAAAAGAAGGCGCAAUUACUAGAGUUUAUUAUUAAAUGGUUUUGAACUUAAAGCAAAUUUGGUUUAUUCCUUGUUGGAAAGAAUUGUAGCCGAGUGAGGAUAAAUUUGAUUAUAAAUAAUAUUUGAUUAUAAAUAUCACAUGCGAAUCGUUUUUAACAUAGCAAAAAAUACCUAUGCAAGACUUGUAUUUAUGAAAAUAAUGAAGCGAACAAAAUCAUCUAAUACCACGAAACCACAAAAAAAGACUAAGUUACUCAAUAGUACCGAAACUUCGGUAAAAACAAUAACAACAGAGGACGCAACAACAUCCAAAUCGAACAUAACAGAUUUUGCCGUCGCAGUGCAAGAACAAAGAUUAUUGACGGCAGAAAAUAUAAUUGAAUUCCCAUUUAAGAAAAAAAGAGUACGUAUUUUAACAACAGUUGAAGAAGUUAAAGAACAUACUACUGGUGGAAUUCUUUAUUGGAUGUCAAGAGAUGCACGGGUUCAAGACAAUUGGGCUUUGUUAUUUGCACAAAAAUUGGCACUUAAAAUGCAAUUACCACUAAUUGUGGCAUUUUGUUUGGUACCAAAAUUUUUAAACGCGACUAUAAGACAUUAUAAAUUUAUGCUAGGGGGUUUAGAGGAAGUAGAAAAAGAUUUGCAAGAGCUUAAUAUACCGUUUUAUUUAUUACUUGGACCCGCAGCGGAACAUAUACCAAAAUUUGUAAAGGAAUUUGAUAUCGGUGCUGUGGUUUGCGACUUUGCACCAUUGCGUGUACCGCGAAAGUGGAUAGAUGAUGUUAAAAAUUUAUUACCUAAGGAUAUUCCAUUAACUCAAGUUGAUGCACAUAAUAUAGUUCCAGUGUGGAUAGCUUCUGAUAAACAAGAGUACGCAGCGCGAACUAUACGUAACAAAAUAAAUUCUAAACUUGGUGAAUACUUAACAGAAUUUCCACCAAUCGUUAA